AUGAGCUUCUUCCAGCGACUGCUGGGAAGCGGCGGGCAGCAGCCGGGAGGCGGCAGGCCGGGCUCCGCUGGGCCGGGUGGCGGCGGCGGCGGCGGCGGCGAGCUUGCCGCCGAUGAGCUGGUCGACGUCCGUUUCGACGAGUCGUGCCGCGAGGAGGCUGAGAUGGCGGCGCUGUUCCAGAGCUACGAGCGGGCGCUGCAGUUUGACAGGGAGGUGGCUCGGGAGAUUCUGCUCGGCUUCUUCGACCGCUUCGCCCGCGUGUGCGCCGCCUGGCGGCCAGACCCCGCCGCCAUCGUGGCGGCGCGCGCGGCGGCGGCGGCGGCGGCCGCCGCCGCCGAGGCCGGCGCCGCCCACGCCGGCCGCGCGCAGCUGCAGUUGGUGAUGGGGUGCAGCGGCGGACACCCGCGCGCGCUGCUGGCGGCGGCGGUGGAGUGCCUGGAGCGCAUCCCCAAGCAGUUUGGUGUGGCGGCGGCUGUGGCGGCGGCAGGGGAGGCACCCACAGCCGCAGCGAACGAAGCCGAUGAGGACCGGGCCAGCGAGCAGCAGCCCCCUCAGGCCGGGGGGGAGGCUGCGGAGGCGGAGGAGGCAGGCGGCGGCGACGGCGGCGGCGCCAGCGGCGCGGCCGCGCGGCAGGCGCCGCCUGCGCCGCAGCCGCACCAGGCGCUGCUUCAGGCGGGCGGGCUGCCCGUGUUGCGCGCGCUGCGCGUGCUGCUGCGCAGCCCCCACAACCGCGCGCUGCUGUGCGCGCUGGGCCUGCUGCCCGCGCUGUGCGAGGUGGUCGGCCAGCUGGCGCAGAAGCUGCAGGCGGCGGCGGGCGUGCUGGCGGUGCGCAGCGGCGCCGGCGGCGGCAGCAGCGGCAGCCUGGCCGGCGCGAGCGGCGGCGGCCGGUGCCUGCAGCCGCUGCUGGAGCCGCUGCUGCUGCUGUUGGAGGCGGCACUGGGGGUGGUGCAAGCCUAUGCUGAGCUGGAGGCUGUGCACCAGCAGCAGGCCAAGGUGCUGACCAGCAGGGCGGGCAGCAAGGCGGCCAGCCACGCGGCGCAGGCGGCGGCGCAGCAGUCGGCGGCCGCGGCGGCCGCGGCGGCGGCCGCGGCGGCGACGGCGGCCGCCGUCGCUCCGCUCAUCGACCGCGGCUUGCUCGCCCGCUGCUGCGACCUGCUGCCCCUGCUGGCUCAAGUGCGGCUGCACAGCGCCGGCCAGGCCGGCCGCGGACAGCCACACCCCCACCACCGGCAGCAGCAGGAGCAGCAGGGUGUGGCGGCGGCCGCCGCCGCUCUGGAGCAGCAAGCGCUGCUGUGCCUGACCGCCCUCUCAGCCGCCAGCCCCGUCCCGGCCGCCGCCGCGCUGCUGCAGCAGAACGGCGGCCGCCCGCUGGAGACGCUGGUGGGCUUGCUGGGGUGGCCCCUGGCGGCCGCCGACCAGCAGCUGCCGCCCUCCACCGCCGCCGCCAGCAGCGGCAGCAACCUGUCGGCGGCGGCGGCGGGCGGCGGCGACGGCGAGGAGGGAUCCGCGGCAGAGGGCCGGGAGCAGCUGCUGCUGGGAGGCGCUGCGGGGGCCUACGCGCGGGUGGGGCGCGACGGCGGGCUGCGGGACGCAGACCAGGAGCUGUCCCUGCAGCUGCUGGCGGUACGGGCGCUGGGGGGCAGCUUCCGCGCGGGCGCCGCCGCCGGCGCCAGCUGCCUGCGCCUGGCGCGCCGCCAGGGCCUGGAGCCGCGCCUCACACAGCUGCUGCAGUGGACCGCGCUGACCUUUGAUGGCGGCGACAGCUACACCCCACUGCCAGCUGUCCCGCCGUCUGGCGGCAGCCCCGGGGCCGGCGGCGCACCAGCCACAGAGCUGGCCCGGCUGUUCCAGGCGCUGUGGGGCUGGCUGACAGGCGGCGGCGGCGGCGGCGGCGCCGGCAAGGCGCUGCUGCCGCUGCUGCUGGGUGCGCUGUUCGCCGCCUUCCGGCCGCCGGGCAACGAGGCGGCGGCGGGGGGCGACGGCGAGCCGGCGGCAGGAGGGGCCGGCGACGGCGGCGAGGAGGGGCGCGCCUCGCCUGCGGCGGGCCGGCCGCUGGCGCUGGCCGCCGCGACCACGGGCAGCGGCGGGGCGAGCGCGGCAGCCAGGCGGUACCACGAGGCCGCGGUGGCGGCGCUGUGCGGUACCGCCGCCGACGGCGGCGCCUGCGCCUGCGGCCUGCAGCAGCAGGCGCUGCUGCUGGCGGCGCGGCUGCUGGGCCGGGAGCAGCGGCUGCUGCCGCUGCUGCCCCCCGGGGCCUGCCCCCCGCCCGACCACCCACCCCCGCACCCCGCGGGCGGCGGCGGCGACGGCGGCAGCGGCAGCGGCAAGUGGAGCAUCGGCGCCGGCGGCUCCCCUGCUGCUGCCACCGCCGCCCUGAGCAGCGCCGACGUCGUCGGCAACCUCAAGGCCCUCAGGGCGGCAGGCCUGUGGGACAUGGCUUUCGGCCCCGCUUUCUUCUUCUGGGGCCAGCAUCCCGGCGAGGAGGCCGGCGGCGAGGGCGGCGGCGCGGUGGCGACCGGCGUGGCAGCCGCGGGGCGCCUGCUGCAGCGCGAGCGCCUGCGCCAGCUGGUGCUGGCCUGCCUGGAGGCGGCAGCCAGCCUGCCCGCCAGCAGCAGCAACCUGGAGGAGGUGUCGGCGCUGCUGCGCCUGCUGCAGCAGCACGCGGCGCGGCACGGCGAGGUGGCGGCCGCCUGCCGCCUGCUGCUGCGCCUGCUGGGCGCCGCCCCCGCCACCAGCCUGGCGGCGCUGCGGGAGCGCCAGCUGCUGGUGCUGCUGCCCCGCCUGCUGGCCCAGCAGUUGGCGCUGGAAGGGGAGGCGGGACAGGCGGUACAACCAGCGGUACAGCCAGCGCAGCAGGCAGCGGAGGCGGGCCUGGCAGGCGGCUCGCCCGCGCCGGGCCCCGCGGCGGCGCAGGCUGGGGCGCUGGAGGAGUCUCGAUGCGCCGCGCUGGAGCUGCUGGGCGCAUUCAUGAGCAUGCACGUCAGCCUGCAGCGAGAUGCCAUGGCAUCCUGGGAGCCCGUGGCGGCGCUCUUCUCGCUGCUGCUGCGCCCGCCGGCGCCCAGCCGCAAGCUGGCGCUCGACAACGUGCUGCUGCUGAUGCAGAUGGCACCGGCGGGGGAGGAUGACCGGCUGGCCAAGGCCGCCCUAUUCUCCAAGUACACAGAGACGCUCCCCGCGGCGGUGCGGCGCUGGCGGGAGCUGGGCGUGCCGCUGCUGCUGGAGCUUCUGGGCGGCAUGCGCGCCGCGGUGGAGGGCGGCGAGGCGGCCACGCCCCGGCCCGGCGCCCGCGGCGGCGGCGGCGGCGGCUUUGGCCGGGCCGCCGCCCAGCAGCUGUUUGCGCAGUCGCAGUGCUUCCUGCAGGUGUGCAACGUGCUGAACGAGGAGUAUCCCCAGGACGUUUGCCUGGAGCUCUGCUGCUGCGUGCUGGACACCCUGACCGUGCUGCUGGCGGGCAGCCCGGCCAGCCGCUGCGCCUUGGUGGAGAGCGUGGGCUACGGGCUGCUGCUGGAGGCGGUGGUGGCUCGGCUGGGCGGCACGCAGCCGCCGCGCCGCCUGCUGCUGUGCGCGCUGGGGCUACUGCUGGAGGAGCCGCCGGGACCCGGCGCGGCGCCCCGCUUCGGCAGCAGCGCCGUCGCCAACCCGGCCGCGCUGGCGCUGCUGCUGGCGCUGCUGCGGCGGGCGGGCGGCGAGGACCAGCUGUGGGGGCUGGCCGCAUUCCGGGAGCUGCUGCUGCAGGGCGCACACAACCUGGCGGCCGCCGACAGCGCUGGCCUCAACGGCCUCCUCAUCGCCUGGCUGCGGGAUGCGACGGCGCCGCAGGGCCCAGAGGCGGACGGCGGCGCGGCUGCAGCAGGCCAGGAGGCGUCCCUGCCCGAGCACAGCGACCCACAGCAGCAGCGCCUGCUGCUGCAGCAGCUGCUGGCGCUGCUGCGCCUGAGCGGCAGCUACAGCAUCUCAGCUCGAGACCUGCGCUCCGUGCUGCAGCUGCUGCGGCCGGGGCCGGGCGACGUGCCACCGCCGCAUGCCGCCAUGCUGCUGGAGGCUCUUGCCGCCAUGGCCUCGCAUGAUGGCCCCCGCUGCUUCUUCAAUCUUUCUGGCGGCUCUGGCGGCGGCGAUGCAGCAGGCGGCGGCGGGCGCCCAGCGCAGCAGCAGCUGCCCAGCGGCAUCGUCUGCUCCGCAAGCCUGGGCGGCGGCGGCGGCGCCCCGGCCACCAGCUUUGUGCGGCUGCCCCGCGGCGGCUACAGCUUUGCGGCCUGGGUGCGGCUUGAGGACGGGCGGGAAGCUGUGGAGCAGCUGGCAGGCAGCGCCGCGGCGCGGUCCCGCGAGUCCCAGCAGGGGCAGGCCCCUGGCGCCGCGGCUGCUGCUGCCUCUGCUGCUGCCGUGGCCUCUGAUCAGGCCAUCUAUGCCUUGCUUCACCAUCAGCCAGACAGGGACAGCCAGCACGGCCCGCGCCUGCCCGGGCACAGCGCGCAGAGCCUGCUGCACGGCGUGGCGCUGGCGGUCCGGACGGUGCACGGCGGCGGUACGGGCGGUACACCCGGCGCCGCCCCGUCCCUGCACCUGGUGGCCCACUGCUGGGCACCAAAGCAUGCCGAGGCGGCGCUGCCACUGCAGCAGGCGCUGCAGCCGGGGCGCUGGCACCACCUCGCCGUGACGCACACCGCGGGCGGCGCCCUGAGCCACCCAGCACUGUGCCUAUAUCUGGACGGCCAGCUGCAGGCGACCGCCCGGCUGCGGUACCCUGCCGUCAGGGAGCCGCUCAGCAGCAUGUGCCUGGGGGCGGGCGCGCUGAUGCGGCCGCUGCGCGGGCAGGCGGGCGCGGCGCUGCUGUUUGAGGAUGUGCUGGAGCCAGGCCAGGUGGCGGCGCUGCACCAGCUGGGACCCGACUACCAGUCUGCUCUGCUGGGGGCGGCAGAGAGCAGCGGCCUGCUGGAUCAGCACCCUGCGGCGGCGGCGGCGCUGGCGCUGGGAGCGGCGGCGGCGGGCCCCGGCGGCGGCGAUGCCGCCGCGCCGCCGCCCGCGGGCCAGCCUCCCCGCCUGCUGCUGGCGCACCUGCUGCUCAACCUGCGGCUCUGGAGCGCCGCCGCGGCCCCCGUGCAGCAGCAGCUGCUGGCGCUGUGGGGCCAACUGGCUCAGGGAGAGGCCUUGCUGGUGCGGCGUCUGCUGCCCCCAGCCCAGCUGCUGCACCACGUGCGGCGCUGCUAUUGCAGCGGCGGCGGCGGCGGCGGCGGCAGCGGCUUGGGCUCGGCGCAACCCUCCUUGGCCAGCCUGGCAUCGCAGCAGGGCGAGGCGUCUGCUUUGGCGCUGCCGCCGGCGCCGCCGUUGGAGGCCCCCGCCGAGCGGCGGCAGGCAGGGGGGGCGGAGGGGGUGGCGAGGUCGGCCGCGGCAGACGCCGCCGCCGCGGCCGCCGCCGCGCUGCGGCGCGGCUACCUGCAGCUGGCGGCCACCAUCGUUUCCGAGGCCGCCGCCGCAGCUGGCAGGUCGGGGCCCGAGGCCAGGGCGGCGGCGGCGGCGGCGGCGGCGGCGGGGUGGAAGGCAGAGGCUGGGGCCAGCCCGGGUGCAUGGCCCCGGGGAGAGGAAGGGCUGACCGCUGACCUGCAGGCGGCUCUGUCGCUCAUGGGAGACUGCUGCGCCAGCCUGGCGGCCAGCCGGGCCAGCGGUGGCGGCGGCAGCGGCGGUACCGGCGGCGGUACCAGCAGCGGCACCGGCGGCGGCGACGCCGGCCUGCUCCAAGAGCUGCUGUCGGUGCUGCUGCUGCCGCUGCUGCGGCGCGACAGCCUGGCGCGCCUGCCGCUGCUGGCCUGCCUGCGGCGGCUGGGCGGGCCCGCGCUGCUGCUGCCGCUGCUGGGCCUGGAGCAGCAGCAGCUGCGCCUGCUGGGACUGCGCGCCAUUACCGCCUGCCUCGGCGGCAGCGGCGGCGACGGCGGCGGCGCGCCCAACCCCCCCGGCGGCCCCGGCGACGGCAGCGCAGGCGCGCGCUCCGUGCGGGGCAGACCCGUGCCCGGGCAGCAGCAGCAGCCCCGGGAGGCCCUGCCUGCCCCCACGCCGCGGCGGGACGAGGAGGUGAUCGCGGCGGCGGGGCAGCUGCUCGGCGCCUUCCCGCUCACCGCCGCCACCCGCAUCGCGCUGUUCGAGGUGCUGUGCGACGGCCUGCCCUGGCAGCAGGUGAGGCUGGUGGGAGGGUGUGGAGUGUGUACAUAA